AUGAAGGAUGGUGUGACCAUGAAGCUGAUGGAUGAGGUGGCAGGGAUUGUUGCUGCUCGUCAUUGCAAGACCAACAUUGUGACCGCAUCUGUGGAUGCCAUUAACUUCCAUCGCAAGAUCAAGAAAGGCUGUGUCAUUACUGUUUCCGGCCGAAUGACCUUCACCAGUAAUAAGUCAAUAGAGAUUGAGGUUUUCGUUGACGCUGACCCACUGGUGGAGGCUGAGAAGGGAAAAUAUAGGGCUGUCACAGCCUUCUUCACCUACAUCUCCCUGGACAAAGAAAACAAGCCCCUUCUAGUGCCACCGCUGAAGCUGGAAGGUGAAGAGGAGCAGAAGCGGUUUGAAGAAGGGAAAGCACGCUACCUGCAGAACAAGGCAAAGAGACUUGCAGAUAAGGAGUGUCAACAAUGACUUUUACCAUGCAAACACCAUAUUGUGUUGCAGAAGAAAAUUCUUGAAUAAUAGAGCCUCAACGGACAACAUACUGUAUUAAGAACCUCUGCUUUAUCCUACAUGUAGCUCACUGAAUAGAAAGAAAAAUAUAUAGGUUUAAUUGACUUGUCUGAGUUUACCAAAGCACUUUGUGUGUAUAUGUAUCUCAAGUGAAACAAAAAAGGAAAAUAUAUAUUUAUGUUUUAUUGUAACGACUUGUUUGUGAAAUGUGCAGAACUGUAUUAUGCACUAAUAAAAGUCUGCUAAUGCA